UGCGCGGUGGCGGGAAAGCGGCGGACACAGUGGUGUUUUCUCGGAAGCUGAGGGACCUGAGGCGGCGGCGGCGGAGAGUCCCGGGUCGGAAGCUGGCGACGCCAUGGACGCAGCGGAGGUGGAGUUUCUGGCCGAGAAGGAGCUGGUCACCAUCAUCCCGAACUUCAGCCUGGACAAGAUCUACCUCAUCGGGGGCGACCUGGGGCCUUUCAACCCCGGCCUACCGGUGCAGGUUCCUCUGUGGCUGGCAGUCAACCUGAAGCAGAGACAGAAGUGUCGGCUGCUCCCGCCCGAGUGGAUGGACGUGGAAAAGUUGGAGAAGAUUCGAGAUCAUGAACGAAAGGAAGAAACUUUUACACCUAUGCCCAGCCCUUACUACAUGGAGCUCACCAAACUGCUGUUAAAUCAUGCUUCGGACAACAUCCCGAAAGCAGAUGAGAUCCGGACCCUGAUCAAGGACGUGUGGGACACUCGCAUAGCCAAGUUCCGGGUGUCUGCCGACAGCUUUGUGAGGCAGCAGGAGGCACACGCCAAGCUGGAUAACUUGACCCUAAUGGAGAUCAACACCAGCGGGGCUUUCCUCACACAAGCGCUCAACCACAUGUACAAACUCCGCACAAACCUGCAACCUUCAGACAGCGCCCAGUCUCAGGACUUCUAGGCAGCGACUGCCUUGUCCAGGCCCGCGUCUGCUGGUAGGAGGCGCACCAGGCGGCGUGAGCGUUCAGGACAUGACAGAGAUACUCACGUUUCUGGAAUUCUAGACCACUUGUGAAUCUACGAGAAAAAAGUGCAGUGAAGGAAGGAAUGGUUUUAUAACCUGGUUGGAAAGCAACAGGCUUAUGCUCAGUCGAGACAUUCUGUAAUUCCUCAUCUGUAUCUGGGAGCCAGCUGCCUUUUACGGGGGAAGAAAAAGCACUGGCAGAAUGAGCGCAUUCCCCCCGUCUCCUGCACGCGACGGUCGUGUGCUGGUCCGUGUUCAGUGAUGGCGGGUGUUGCUUUUAAGAUAAGAUACGGCAGGACGGUGAUGUGGCCACGGCCUUUCUCUUGGGCUACAUUCAGAGUCUUCCUCAGAGACUGUUCACACAGUGCAGGACAGCAGAUGAGCACUCAGCUAGUGACGGUGACCCGUGUUUCUCAUUAAGCCCCGGUACACAAUAAAGGUGGAAUCACCCAGUUCUCUUUGGGUUUUUUCCCUGCAUCACUCCCACGUGAAGGGAGCAAGCUCAGUGGCUAGUGACAGACCAGACUGGGAGGUUUAGCAGACAGUGUGCACUUCCGGCCCCCAGUCUUGGGUGUCUCUUAUUCACUUGGGUGCUUCUGGGCAAGGUCUAAAAGGUUGUUUAUCAGCAAGAAAGUAGGAAAAUGAAUUCCAUGUGUAAGUGAAGCUUACGCCAGGAUGCCAGGGGAAAAUGGGGCCUGUGCGGUGGUUCUUGGUGGACUGAGGGGACAGCCUGCUUGAGGCAGCCGUGGCUCAGGGUGGAGUCCUGUUUUUCCCUAGGAGGAGCCUCUUCAGCUGUAGCACCGCCCAGCUCCUUACAGAAAGUACCUUUCCUCAAGUCGGGGGCGGGGGGCGAUGACUGCCCAGCCCUCUAAGGAGUAGGUUCAGUCACCAGCCGGUUCCCGACAGUCUCACCUGCCAUCUCCAGGGUUUCAGAAGGGGGGGGGGGGGGUAAUGUGUGUGAUCACGUGACCGACUGGGCCUGAGGAGUACCUGCUGGUGUUUAUACCCGAGCGCUACUUCUCCAGCCCAGGUGGGCCCCCGAUGUCCCUCUAAACAGCAGCUCGUGUCUCAACACUGAAGGCCACACACAGAGGGACUAGGACCCAGAAGACUUGGUCUCCAUAGUUUCACCCCUUCUCCUAAAACCGGGCUGAGGUCCAAUUGAAUCUGUCUUCACACUGUACUUGUAAAACUGUAGAAUUGUUGAGUUCUUAUUUUUUCCCCUUACUAUAACAUAAAAAAAAUUUUUCUCUUAA